AUGUCUUCUUCAUUCCUCCAGCUGGUUCUGGAUUUUGUUUCCUUCGCCGUUUUCCACUACUAUGUCAUCUUUCCGCUAAUCACGCGUCUUCUAGGUUACAUCAAGGGAGAGCCAGUAAUCGUGUACGAAGUAUCAGAAAUCUCAAAGGCACUGAAGAUCCUUAUUGGCCAGCAGUCAGAACCAGAGCUAUCGAUUGCUAUCACCAUAUCUGCACCAUUGACUACCGACUCAACCACAUUCGAGGAAGUCGAUUGCGAAAGUUGCCGCUCGUCAUUGGAAGGUGAACCACGUUUCACGCGACAGAGCUGUGGCUGCACCUGGUGUGCGAGAUGCGUGGAAAGAUGCUUCAAGAUUGUCAUGUUCGACCCAGACAUGCCUUUGAAGUGCCUGAGCAAGAGUUGCGAGUCUGCACAGAAACUCACUAUUCGCAAGAUGGGUCCUUAUGUCAAGCACUUGUUGUCAGAAGAGUCCUACAAAAACAUGAAGAGCGCGAUUUUGCUGCGAGACGCUAUGAGCGGAAUCGAUCUGAGCAAGUAUGAUUGGAUACUUGAAGAUGAUGAAGACGAGUUCGAGGAGGAAAAGUCGUUCCCUGACAUGUCUAGCAUCAAGCGCGAGUCCUGGUAG